AUGGUUCUCGUCGGUUCUAUAUUUGUACGUGUAUUAAGACACGCCGACCGUACAAUGGACAUAAUUUCGUGUACAAUGAAUGAUCCGGACAACCCAUACAUAAGAUUUUCGAAUGUUUCGGAUGCCCAACAUUUCGGUGAAGGGGUUGAAAUGAUCGCAAUAAAACAAUUGAAGGACCGUGAGAUCGCUUUAUUUCCCCGAAAAGGCAAAACCUCGCCCUUGUCAAACGCGGAAUACUUCACUCGUCCACCUUCUUUGCACAACUUGUGCUUUCUCUACCAGUGUGGUGUCGAAAUUUAUCCCCCAACAUCAUUUGGACCAAAACCAGAAGAGCAGAUGCCCAACGAAGGGAGCGUUUUAAGAUAUUUUAUCAACAGCCUCGGUGUUAUUAGCCACCAUCAGAGGGGGAAUGUAGAUCUAUUCCUCAUCCGUUUCAGAGCAAAGAAUGAUCACCACACAUUCGCCAACAAAACGAGGCAAAUGAACAUAAGAAAAAGAAAGAAAGAAAGAAAGAAACUAGCAUAA